AAGUGAUCAUGGAUUAUGGUGAAUUGAAACAGUCAAUUUAAAUAAACUGCCCAGUAUGUACAGAAACAACUAACAAACAUCAGAGAAGCAUUAGGUAGCCUAGAGUUGGAAAACCAAUCACGGUCGUGUGGGAGUAUUGGGUGAUUCCACGAUACAAGAGAAGCGCUCGCGUUUCAUGUGCUGUUCUUUAAGCACCACGAGCACAGCACAGGCUUGCGCGGCAUUGGUUAGGUAUUGAGAGCGCGAGGGACCCGAUCUCAGUCAACCGCAGGGUCUUUUGAGCAUGUGACGCCCAGGAUUGCAGAGAGAGAUCACCACUGUCCAGCCAGUGUGAGAAACUCAGCCUCUCUUCUCUCCAGCUCCCUUAUAUCACUCAAACUACACCCCUUUCCCAGUGAUGCCAGGUACAUGCAUCAGCAGCUCUUUGAAACCCAGAGGUAAUCAUCCAUAACCCUGCCCUGAUUUAGAGAGGAGGGGCACCCAUGGUACGCCCCACCCUGUUCACCCACCACCACCCACCAGCUGCCUGCUGCUCCGAUCUUCCAGUGCUACACCACCCCUCCCCUGACCCACUAUCCCACUCGCCUGCACUGCUACCACCAUGGCCAGGGAGUCCAAACACCCCUCCCUCUCCCUUUACUGCUUCCUAAUGACUACCAAAUGCUACUGCCUGUUGGUCUCUGCCACUCAGAAGCCCUCGGACCCGCAGCUGCCUCUGCAGGAGUAUGCCCACUCUAUCCGGUUGGACGGUGACAUCAUGCUGGGUGGCCUAUUCCCUGUACACUCCCGUGGCGAGAGAGGUGUGCCCUGUGGGGAGCUGAAGAAGGAGAAGGGCAUUCAUAGACUGGAGGCCAUGCUGUUUGCCAUUGACCUGAUCAACAAGGACCCAGAGCUGCUACCUAACGUGACCCUGGGGGCGCGCAUCCUGGACACGUGUUCCAGAGACACCUAUGCCCUGGAGCAGUCACUGACCUUCGUCCAGGCACUCAUCGAGAGGGACGGCUCAGACGUGCGUUGCGCCAACGGGGACCCACCCAUCUUUGCCAAGCCGGAUAAGGUGGUUGGGGUCAUAGGGGCGGCGGCUAGCUCGGUGUCCAUCAUGGUGGCCAACAUCCUGCGGCUCUUCAAGUUCUUACUUCAGACCUCCCCUCACCCACCCCCCUCCAUUUGA